GACUGUUCUACUUUAGUCAUUACCGACGAUGAGUCAGAUUUUGGCGCGUUGGUUUGACAGUGCAGACGACCAUCAUCUAUAUUAAAUAGUGAACUCGUUUUCAUGUAGAAUGUUUGUUUGCAUCUUGGUGGGAAGCAUAGUAGCUUUGAAGCCCCGCGUAUGCUUUACCUUUUAGCGGCAUUUAUUAACUUUGGCUGGUAUUAUAAAAGCAAUAUUCCCGACUCGUAGGGCAGUCCUUCGAAAUUUUAUAACUAGUUCCUAAAUCCUAUACCCCGCUCUAUAACAACGCUGUGCCCAUGGCAAUCCCCAAAGACCAAAUUCCUGCCAUCUAUGAGCAGGCGAUCAAAACGUACCAAGAAAUCACCGACGAGACCCUCGAUGUUGAGUUUCUUGCAAAAGUUCGGAAUGUCAACGACUUGACAAACGAAAUCGACAAGAGAAAUGCCUCCUUUCGCGAGUUCCGUGAGAAGCGCGGUGUCAUCUUCAAUGCGCUGCAGGCGGCUUUGGUCCCCGUGGAACUGUUUGGCAACCUUGCUGCUGGGGGUGCUUCGAUGGUCUUCCCCCCUAGUAGCUUAGUUUUUGGUGCUGUGACAUACUUGAUGGGUGCGGCAAAGGGUGUAUCAGCGUCUUACGACGCCAUACAGGACUUGAUGGAGACAUUGAAGGACUUUACUAUUCGGUUGAAGACCUACAGCCGAGAGACAAUCUCAGAGGACCUCAGCAACAAAAUCAGCGAAAUUCUGGUGACGCUUAUCACGAUCUUUGCACUGGCAACAAAGACUGUCCGGAGAGGCCGACUGCUAAAAUUUACUCGCAACAUCCUGCUUGGAAGCAAUGACGCAAUUCAGGCCUCUAUGAACAAACUCGACAAGCUCACCAGGGUCGAGGCAGGCCUUGUCGGAGCAGAGACGCUCACGGAGUCGAAACGAACUGGCCGCGUUGUUGACAACAUGUCUGUGACGAUAAAUACGACAAAUUCCACCGUAAUGGAAACUGGAUUGAUGGUGAACCAAAUGAGCUUUAAAGUCAACGAGAUGCAGGAGAUGAUGGGAACCUUGAUGGUGUCAGUGAAUGAGGUUACGCAAGGAACUGGCGAGGAACGUGAGAAAUCGUUGCAAGACACCGUGAAGAAUAUUCUUAAGCCAUCCAAGACAGACUCAGCCCAGGACUGGUACGAGAAAAUUAAUAAGGCCCGUGUACCGGGUACAGGAGACUGGAUAAGAGGUGAGGACAUCUUCAAAAGAUGGUUCGACAAAGAUACACCAAUUAUCUUUGUCUCGGGAAAUCCUGGUGCCGGAAAGUCGUACCUGUCGACAAACAUUAUUACUCAUCUCCGGGAACAGUACCCACAGGAUGCCCAGAGCGCGUCGCUGAUUUCCGUUGGAUACUUCUUCUUCAAGGAUGAUAACCCGGAUACGAGAUCAUUCCAUCAGGCACUGCGAGAUCUUGCCUUUCAAAUCAGCAAAAACGACUCGGUUUAUCAGAAGUACCUUACAACAAUUGAAGAGUACGAGAAAAUUAACAGUCUUGAAAGCGCAUGGCGUCUGCUGUUUGUUGAAUUUUUCUUAAAAAGGAAAAACGUUGACAGUACGGUUUAUAUUCUGCUUGAUGCCGUUGACGAAGGAUUUGAAGAAGAACGGAAGAUCUUCCUAGGGCUUGCAAAGGAGUUGUGCGAUGCCCCAGAGAAGUCUCAUCUGCAGCUUGCUGUUGUUGGGCGGCCCCAUCUCAGUGACCAGCUAUCCGAGGGUCUGGAGAUGGAAGUUCCUACCAUUCACGUCACGACGCAAAAGAACUCUGGUGAUAUUAACCAGUAUAUCCAGUCUAGCAUCAAAAAGUCCGUCGUCCUCAGAAGAGUAUCAGCGAAGAUGCGGCAGGAAAUCAUAGAGAAGCUAUCCGCUGGGGCAGAGGGCAUGUUCCUCUGGGUGAACCUGAUGCUACAAGAACUAGUCAAGAAAAGAAAUGAAAGCAGCAUGCGAAAAGCCUUGGAACAAGCUCCCAAGGGUCUCAAGGAGAUUCUCCGCCACGUGCUAUCUAGUUUCUCCAUCAGCUCUAGCGAAGAGGAGCUCGAGUACCUCAAUGAAUUACUCUUAUGGGUCACCUGUUCCCAGCAGCCUCUCACGUUGGAUCUAGUCGAAGCAAUUCUGAAACUUAAAUCUCCAGAUGGUGAUGGCAUGAUUUACCUUGAGGGAGCCCUUCGACGACAGUUUGCUUCCUUCUUCAGUUUGGAUCGCGAGGAUACACUUACAACAGCAGAAUUACAAAGCAUGUCCACCCAUGUGAACCCUUUCGACAUAUCCGACGAUGAAGAUAAUAGCCGAGGCGCUGAUGAGGAGGCAUUUGACGACGUGGAAAACUUCACUGACUUUGAUUCCAAUAAGCAGACAACGACCGUGACCUUCUGUCAUGCAUCCAUUGGCGACUUUUUCCGUGACGAGACGGAGGGCAAAGUUCUCGCAAAAGAUGGUCAUGCCCCCGUUGGCGUUAAUUACUAUGAAGCCAAGGCACAAGUUCUAAAGACAUAUCUUAGGCUCUUCACGGACAGUGAAUUCGCGAAAAAGGCUGAUGACUCCGGCAACAUAGUGAUACACGCCGGUCGGAAUUGGGUCCACCACCUACUUACGACACAUCCUUCCCAAACUUCCUUGGAAGAUAGGAAGGAUAUUGCGAAGAUGUUGCUUAAAGCAUUUAUGUUUGAAGAUGCCAUACUCGAAUGGAUCGGCAAACGAAGUUGGGUUUCAACAAAGGCAGGUAUCCAAGCUGUUCGCCAGUGGUGGGAAGACCCAGAAGUUGCAGAGUCAUUCACUACUGAGGAAAAGAAUUUCAUAGCAUCCACCAAGGACGACCCAAUCACUACAUUCAAACCACUAGUCAUGUUCUGCGUUAAGAAAUGGCUAUGUGAAAAUAUCUGGGGCCCGGUUCCCCUUGCUGCAGUUGUAUGGGCAUACCAGAAACUCAUGCAGAACAACGAAGUUGACUCCUUCGAUAAUUUCUGCCCACCCGCCGAAGAAAUCAUCGAAGCAGCUGAAUUUGGAGAAUUAGAAAAGAAUGGUUUAUGGUACCGCCGCUGCGCGAUGGCUCUACGGCAAAUUGGCCAUCAUGAAGUAGCUUUGACCUUUUUUACCAAGGCAGUUGAAUUAGAACCAGACUUGUGGCUUCCAAAGGCCGGCAUGGCCGUCACAUAUGUGAUGAAAGGCGAAUGGCAAAAGGCAGUUGAUCUUGAUGAACAAUGCCGAGAGAGUCUGAUAAAGAGCAUCGAGGAAAACCCUAGCACUAUUGACAAGUUGUCUCUUCACACGUGUCUCGAACGUAUGGGCAAUUGCUAUAAGGAGCUUGGAGAAGUAGAUAAGUCCUUUGAAUCCUACAAGGAGGCAUUUGAGAACAUCAGCUACUGUGACAACUGUAUAAAUGCGCUUAUCAACCACUAUAGCAAAACCAAUGCUUACGAAGCACUCGUUGAUCUACUUAAGAAACUGGCGGACACUCCAGUUCCAGAAAAAGACUAUUCGAGGCUGACGCAGUCGCUUUGGGACAAUCCAGAUGAUGAUACAGAAUUAUUCAUCAAUACUGUUGACGCAUCAUUGGCUACAAACAACCUUGAUUUCAUGGUCGAUGCCUGGCGCACCGCAGCCAGAGCCGCAAGAAGGGCAUCAAAAACCGUGACCGCCGCGAUUUUGGAUAUGUCUCUCGCUCAAAUCUAUAGCGAGCUCAUUCAAGAUCAGGCGAAGGCCGUCAAACGUUGGGAAGCCAUCAUGAAUACAUAUGCUUUAUCUAAGGACGAAAGCCGGAUGGGCGUGUUGAAGGUGGUUGCCUCAUACAGACUGGCCAGGCAAUUUCUUCGCGACGCAAUUGAAGCUGGACUCGGCACUCCACAGGCCGAAGAAGCGGCAGCAAAACUCGAAAGGCUUGUCAAGCAAGUCAAGACUGACGACAACUCCGUUCUUUGGAGCAUUGCUUGCGCUCGCAGCCUAGCUUUAGGUGUAUACUACCGCUUAAGUGGGCGAGAAGCAGAGGCAAAAACUCUUUUUAUGCCGUCCAUAAAGCGAGGCAUUCAUAUCCUAUCAGAUGAUGAUCCAGAAAACGACAUUGAUGGCCUGUAUGAUCUGAUGAACGCUUUGAUGGCGGCGGGGGAUAUAAAAAAUACUGUUGCAAUUGCCUAUCGCAUAGGAUUCUAUGGCAACGCAGAAGACGCUCCCGAAGAGAAGGCAUUCACCUGCGAUGGUCCAUGCCGUGCGCAAGUAACCACACUUGACAACUACUAUCUGUGUCCAGUGUGUUUCGACACAGGGUUCUGCCACGACUGCACCAAGAUGCUUGAACGAGAUGCUAUGCCGCUGAAAAGAUGCAACACAAAGCACGUUAAGGACUUUAUUUACAUUCCCUCACGGAUGAAGGAUUUGAAGGAGGGUACAAUGCUCGUGGAUGGAGAAGAGAUGGAUUUCGAGGCAUGGAAAGACCAGGUGAGAAAAGACUGGGGUUUCUGAUUAGUUAAUAGUCGUAAAUAAGACAUAACUCUGGCGCUUGUUUAAUCUAAAAUUUCUCAAUGAACAAUGAACGUUGAGUCGAUGCGUAGUUGAAAUGUGAAUUUAAGCUUAAUCACCUUAUACACAUAGUCAAAUCACUUUAAUAUCAC